UGGUUCAGUUGCACUGAGGACGCGUCAUCGUUUAGAGGCGUGUGUUCUGAAAGAAUGGGCGUGGCCAUGUUUGUCAGGGCUACAUAACAUUUAAAAGGACGCGGCUGAACACUGGAAGAACCUUUGUUAACUUCAUUUACAUGCUGCUUUUUUUUCGCUCUGAUAAAACCAAUUUGGAUGUAAAAACAACAUAACCAUGAACUCCAUUGUGAACUGCAAUCUUGUUUUAACAAGUGUGUUCCUCCAGGUAUCUUUCACUACAGGCGAUGAGGAAUGUGAGGAGCAUAACACGUGUCAGAGUGAGGGCGUCAAAUGGACUAAUCUGUGGUAUGUCUGGUUCAUUGUGCUGGCAAUCUUAGUACUCCUGCUGUGCGGUGUUAUUGUCAGCUGCGUUAAGUUCUGCUGCAGGAAGGAAAAGCCGCCGGUGCAAUCCUUGACAGAACUUCCCUGUGAAAUCUCAGUCGUUGCCAUGGACGACCAGAGCACCGUUCACAGCAGAAGCACCGUCGCAUCUUUUAACAGUGUGCAGCUCCCGCCUGACCGCUACGUGCCUUUUCCAUUCGGCCAGGUGAACAAAGGCUUCGCGCCCCCGCCCUACAACCUGUACGCUUUGGAGAUGCCUCCACCCUACGAUGAAGCCUUGAAAAUGUCAAUUGACCCACACGAAAACUCCCCGGGGAACCGGAAAGCCGAUAACCGACCAAGCCAAGGACACGCAGGUGACUCGCACCUGCAGCCGCCGCCGCCGUCUUCAGAGGAAGAGCUGAACGUGUUAAAUGCGCAGCGCCGCCCGCAAGAGCAUUUCGACGAGGUUCAGCUGGACGAUCCCCCGCGGUACGAGCUUCAUGAUAUCAGCAGCCCCAUAUCCGAAGAAGAUGAAAACGACUUGAAUCGAGAACACUGACAGCUGGAACACCAAAAAAACAGCCUGGCCCUCUUCAAGCGCAACCAAAUGCAACGGAAGGGAAUGUACAAAUUUACCAUGACGCUGCUACUGCUCUGUUACGCUGCGUGGUGCAGUGAACGUAAGACCAGAGCAGUAAAUAAGUUUCAUUGUCAAAGACUGGUUUGUUGGCAGGUCACUGUCGACAAUGAGAGCUAUACGGAACCCCCGCUCUCCACGCUCUUGUCGUUUCAAAAUUAUUUGGAAUGGCAUAAAUCGGUAUCUUUUUUCAUGGAAUUCAGCUGCCCUGGUGAAAGGACUACACAGCAAAAAGCAGACAGACUCCACGGGUUAUGCAAUGGCUGUAUCUACCACCGCCUGUAGGGUGUAAUUGUUCAAUGCACACACCCUUCUUUUGUUGUGAAAAAGGUGGGCAUUUCUCCCACAACUUGCUAGAUUCUAAUAAUAACGUUGCCAAGUGCCGGAGUACUAAUUAAUGUAAUGUAUGUGGAAAACGCUGAUGCUGCAGUACACUGAACAAUAGCCUAUGCAUUUAUACAUGUUUUAAUUAGCUUGUAGUUUAGCAGAAAAUGAGACCUGCAAGCGCAAUGGUCUCCUUGUUUAAAUACUGCGGAAUUAAAAUGCACCUGCUGUAUUCAAAUUAAACACGCAUGGCCUACCUGUAUAUGAAUGAGAUUUUUUUUUUUGUAGUCCAGUAUUUUUAUAAAUGAUUUCAUUGUACCUAUUUGAAUGUUACAGUACAUUUAAGACUUUAUAUUGAGGUUUACAAGUUGUUUUUUUGUGUGUUUUACAGAAAAUGUCAUUAUUUUAUUUGUAUUUAUAUAAACCCAGGUGGUUAACAAUAAAAAUUGAUUAUUAAAA